AAAUGGAAGGAGCUUCGAGGUAAAGUGAAUCCUGUCAUGAUGCAACCAAGAGUAGCCAAACAGUACAUAACACCAGUUGAAGAAGUCUCGGAUGAAUUCAUACAAAAGCUUUUAAAACUUCGUGAUUCUAAUAACGAACUGCCAGACAAUGUCUGCAAUGAAUUUAACAAAUGGGCUUUGGAAUCAAUUGCAAGAAUAGCCCUUGAUACCAGACUUGGUUGCUUAAGAGAUGAUGUUACUGCUGAUUCAGAUCCACAGAAAAUGAUUAAUGCGGUAGAUGCAUUUUUUGAAUUGACUUAUAAAUUGGAAAUUAUGCCAUCGAUUUGGAAAUACGUUAAAACUCCCAAAUAUUAUAAGCUAGUAGAUGCUUUGGAAACCAUGACAAAAGAAGCCAGUGUCUUAGAAAAACUUCUUAAAAUAGAUCGGAAGGUUGCCGUGGUUAUGGCUAUGGAUAUGUUGUUAGCAGGAGUGGACACAACCUCGCAUACAACAGCCAUUCUGAUGUACUUCAUUGCAACAAAUCCUCGAGUACAAGAAAAAUUAAGAGAAGAAAUUUUAACAAUACUUCCCGAGAAAAAUUCUAAGUUAUCUUCGGAUUCAUUUAACCAUGUUCCAUAUUUAAGAGCAUGUAUGAAGGAAGCUAAUAGGCUUCUACCAAUUGCUGCUGGGACUAUUAGAAAAAUGCCUGUAGAUAUAGUUUUGUCGGGAUAUCAAGUACCAAAAGGGACUGAAGUCGCAAUGAAUCAUUUCAUACCAUCCCAAGAUGAAAAACAGUAUUCUAAACCCAAAGAGUAUCUUCCAGAAAGAUGGUUAAGUAAUCAACCAACAGAAGAAUGUCCUUUUUCGAAAAAUACGGCACAUCCAUUUGUUCAUAUGCCUUUUGGGUUUGGACCAAGAAGUUGUGUAGGGAAAAGAUUUGCUGAUUUGGAAAUUGAAACUUUCAUAUCAAAAUUGUUGAGAAAUUAUAAAAUUGAAUGGAAUUACGGUGAACUGAAAGUUACAAGCAAGUUGCUAACGACGCCGACAUCGCCAUUGAAAUUCAAGAUAACAGAAUUGUGA